AUGACUGGUUUUGAUGCACGAAACAGAGACUCUAUCAAUCGAUUAUAUAUUUGUCGAAAGUGUAAUUUAAUUUUCCGAGAACCUUGUCAACUUUCUUGUGGUCAUCGUCAAUGUACAACUUGCAUAGAAAAUAUUGAAGGGGACAUUAUCAAAUGUACAGAAUGUCAUGAUGAAACACCAAAAAACGAAAUAAUGCCUGAUCGAGGUUUCAGAAAUGGCAUGAAAUCAUUAUCAAUUAUAUGUUCAUUAUGUCCAUGGAAUGGUUUAUUUAACGAUUAUGAGGAACAUCUCAAAACAGCUCAUCCAAAUCCAAUAUGUGAAUUUUGUGAAGAAAAAUUUAAUUCAACCAUUGAACUUAACAAGCACAAACAACAAGAAUGUACCAAAAUUACUGUGCCCUGUGCACUUAAAGAAUAUGGUUGUUUAGAUUCGGUCUGUCGAGCUCAAUUACAAGAGCAUUAUUUAAGUGAUAUUCAUCAAAAAAUAAUAAUUAGUAUUAUACGUCGCAUUGUGUCUAAACCAACAAAUGAACAACAAGUGUCCGGAAUGGAUGUUGAUAUUGAACAAGGUGCUGCUAGUUCAAUAACUACAACAGCAAAUGAAAAUAUCAGUACACAAAUGCAAGAAAUCUAUGAAACAACAAAUACUUUUGCUAAUGAAAUUCAAACAUUAACUGAUAAUACACAACGUCUUAGUAGUGAAUCAAUUCGAUUACAAAGUUCAACUGAAUCUUUAACACAAGAAAUUUCAUCACUCAAAUUGAGUAUUCAAGAAUACAGUUCUUUUUUAGAUGGUAUUAAACCUAAUCAAGAAAUUCUUCAACAAGAUGUUGCAUUAUUGAAACAAAAAAUUGAUGAUAUGCAAUAUGUAUCAUAUGAUGGAACAUUAAUAUGGAAAAUAAAAAGUUUUCAUGAAAAAAUGAUGGAUGCGCAAUCUGAACGACAAACAUCGACUUCUUCACCGCCAUUUUAUUCAUCACCAACUGGCUAUAAAAUGCGAGCUCGACUUUAUCUAAAUGGUGAUGGUAAUGCUCGACGUACACAUAUGUCAUUGUUUUUUGUUCUAAUGCGUGGUCCAAAUGAUGCAAUAUUAAAAUUUCCUUUCAAUUAUAAAGUUACAUUUUGUUUGUAUGAUCAAACUCCUCAACAACAACAACAACACAUUAUCGAUUCUUUUCGACCAGAUAUUAAAUCAAAUAGUUUUCAAAGACCACGAUCAGAAAUGAAUAUUGCUAGUGGUAUACCUGAAUUCGUUCCAUUGACAAUGAUUCAACAAGAAGGAAAUCCAUAUGUAAGAGAUGAUACAAUGUUUAUUAGAAUAAUGGUUGAUUUUGGUGAUAUGUCAAAAAUAUUGUUAUCAUAUGCAUUGAGUCUUGAUCCUGGAUUGCCAAUGCAUAUUCAACAAUUAAUGAUUAAACAAGAAAUAGAACGAAGAGAACAACAACAAUCUCAACAAACCCCUAUAUCAACUGCAAAUCAUCCCAUUACAUUAAUGAUGCCACCAAAUAAUGAAACCCAAUCAGGUCAAACAAUAUUCAACCUAAUUCCAUCACCUAAUGCAGCAAAUACUAAUGAUAGAUCUCAAGAUCCAACCAAUAAUUAG